CCCUCUUGGACCCUUCUAUGGUCUUUCUUUCCGUGCUAGGCUUGUCAAAUGCAGGUGAUACAUUAAGUUCAGGUCAGUCCAUUAGUGAUGGAGAGACACUAGUUUCUUCAAGCCAAAACUUUGAGCUCGGCUUCUUCUCUCCUCGCAACUCCAGGAACAGGUACUUGGGAAUAUGGUACAAGAUCACUCACGAGACCGUCGUGUGGGUCGCCAACAGGAACAACCCACUUGCCGAUUCAAAUGGCACUGUCACAAUUCUAAUGGUGGAGCAUUUGUUCUUCUAAACCAGCCAAAGAGUGUAGUCUGGUCUUCAACUUCCUUGGGAACACUUAAUCCUGUUGCUCAGCUUUUGAACCUGCGAAAUCUUGUUCUUAGAGAGAAUAGCAGUUUGAGUUCUGAUGAAUAUUCAGGCAAAGCUUCGAUUACCCAUCUGACAUGCAAUCGGCUGGUAUGAACAUCGGGAUGAACUUGGCAACUGGUUUAGAGAGGUACCUGACUUCCUGGAGAAGCGUAGAUGAUCCGUCCCCCGAAGACUAUAUGUACAGACCAAACAUUCAGGGGUUGCCACAAUGGGAAUUAGUCUAGACAGACUCGGUAAUAAAGUUUUGGAUGGGACCGCAGAAUGGAGCUCAAUUCAGCGGUGCUUCGUGGAAGUAACUUCAGUCUCCAAGCCUGCACUAAUUUACAAUGCAAGAGAGAUAUAUUUCACAUAUGAGCCUCCAUCAAGUGGAAUCAUUACAAGAGUCACAUUAAACCAGUCUGGAUUACUACGACGACUAGUGUAUAUGAAUUGGAGCACUGCGUGAGAUAUUAUGUAACAAUUCCAAAUGAUUUAUGUGACAAUUAUGUGAAGUGUGGUGCCAAUGGUUUCUGCAGAAUUAACCAGGCUCCGAUAUGCGAAUGCUUACAUGAGUACACCCCCAAGUCACUGGAGGAAUGGGACGUGCUUAACUGGUCUUCGGGUUGUGUGAGAUUACCAUCCCUUAAUUGUUCAAAUGGGGAGGGCUUCUUGAAACGUUCGGGGGUGGAAACUUUCUGGGGAGAAACUGCCUGACCUGAUAGAUUUCUCGUUAGACAAGAACAUGAGCCUCGGUGAUUGCAAGGCCGAGUGCUUAAAGAAUUGUUCCUGUGUAGCUUAUGCUAAUUCCUAUGUUACAGGAGGUAGUAGUGGCUGCCUAAUGUGGUUUGGUGACCUAACUGAUAUUAGAGAAUUUCAAGAAGUUCACUAUGAGCAGGAUAUAUUCGUACGACUACCAGCUUCUGAACUAGAUGCAAUCCAAAGUCCCAACAAAAAGAAAAGAUUGAUCAUCAUAGGGAUUCCAGCCAUUUUGGGAUUUUUCCUUCUGGCCAUGGCAAUUUGGGUGAUCUACAAGAGAAGACUGAAGGCGAGAGGUUGGGGAAGUGGAAAGGAUGAUUUUGACUUGCCGUUAUAUGAUUUUGCAAUGAUUGCUGCUGCUACUGACAAUCUCUCUCGGAGAAAUAUGAUCGGGGAGGGCAGCUUUGGCCCUGUCUACAAGGGCAAUCUUUUGGUGGAUCAAGAACUAGCGGUAAAGAGGCUGUCAAAGAAUUCCGGACAAGGCCUUGAAGAGUUUAUGAACGAAGUGGUUCUGAGUGCAAAACUUCAGCACAGGAAUCUCAUAGGACUUGUGGGCUGAUGCACUGAAAGAACGGAAAGAAUUUUGAUUUAUGAAUAUAUGACUGAUGGAAGCUUAGAACAUUUCAUUUUUGGUAUGACGCUCUCGAUCUCAGUCUGUUCUAAUAAGCUCUGUAGCACGUACAGUAAAUUGACGUAGCAAGAAGUGCAAAGAUCAGUCACUUGAAGCUUUCGUGUCAUUUUGCAAUGUGCAGAUCAAGAUAAAAGCUUCUUGUAGGCAUGGAAUAGAAGAUCUGACAUUGUUAUGGGAAUUGCACGAGGACUUCUGUAUCUCCACCAAGAUUCAAAACUUCAAAUUAUUCAGAGACUUAAAGGCGAGCAACAUUUUGCUAGACGCCAAUCUAAAUCCUAAAAUCUCAGACUUUGGGUUGGCUAGGAUCUCCGGUGGUGAUGUAAAAGAAGCAAAAACUAGCAGAGUGAUGCGAACCUAGUAAGUUCAUGAUUCUGUUGUGAGUGCCUGAGCUAGUGCUUUAGGAACUAAUGCACAAAUGAUCUGCUUACUGCAGCGGCUAUAUGUCCGCAGAGUAUACUUUUGAUGGGAAGUUUUCCAUGAAAUCCGACGUAUUUGGCUUUGGAGUGCUCUUAUUAGAGAUUGUAAGUGGUAUAAAGAAUAGAGGAUUCUGCCAUCCUUCUUGGGCACGUGAGUUGGGCUAGAAGAGAACAUUGCUUGUGCUUUCUUGGUGCAAGUAACUAUGUCUGAUUCAUACAGAUAUAUUAACAUAGUUUCUUCUUUCAA